GAGAGCCGGGAAUGGGAAAUAAGGUGUCUCCGCUUCUCGUUUCCGGGCUGUCGGAGGAGGGGUGGUAGGAGAUGGCUGCGGAGCCGGGGCUCCCGGGGCUCGAGGCCCAGAGGCGGCAGGUAGAGGGGGAGGGCCCUGGCCAGCUUGGGCGGGAGCGGCCGUUGCGCGCGGGAGAGAAAUGGUAUUUGUUGGAGAAUCACUGGUACAAGCAAUGGAAAGCAUAUGUGGAAUCUGGAGAUCAGAACUCCAGCUCGUUCCCUGGACGGAUCAACAACUCUGAGCUCUUUGAAGAUUUGGAGUUGUGCCGGUUGAAGGAUAGGCUGGUGGAGCAUGAGGAAUACGUUCUGGUGCCAGAGGAAGUCUGGAACAAGCUGGUGAGCUGGUAUGGCAUUGAGCAUGACCAGCCGGCUAUUGAACGCAAGGUAGUAGACCUUCCUAGCAUGCAGAAGGUGGAGGUUUACCUAGUGGAACUGCACCUCUGCCAGCACAGUGACAUGGACAACCCUGUCAUGGUCCAGUUUAGCCGAAUGGAUGUUAUUGAAAUGGUGCUGAAGGAAGCGCGGCGCCUGUUCUCCGUUCCACUUGAAGAUGAGACGAGGCUCUGGGUGAAAAAUGCUGAUGGCUCCUGUGAGAGGCUCCGAAACUUGCAAAUGACUGUGCUGGAUGCCUGCCUCAGUUCAGGGCAGGUGGUGAUAAUGGAGACCAGGAGUAAGGAUGGCACGUGGCCCAGCUCUAGGCCACAUAUCAUGAAGAACUCCAUCGAGGAUGAGGAAUUGUACCGGGGCCAGCCAGGGGUCUGUGGCCUUACCAAUCUAGGCAACACCUGCUUCAUGAACUCUGCUUUGCAGUGUCUCAGCAACGUGCCCCCUCUUACCGAGUAUUUCCUCAACAAUCGCUACCUGGAUGAGCUCAACUUCAGUAACCCCCUGGGCAUGAAGGGUGAAAUUGCAGAGGCCUAUGCUGACCUCAUCAAGCAACAGUGGUCCGGCCACCACCGUUCCAUCGUGCCUCGCAUGUUCAAGACCAAAGUGGGCCACUUUGCCUCCCAGUUCCUUGGCUACCAGCAGCACGACUCCCAGGAACUUCUCUCCUUCCUCCUUGAUGGGUUGCACGAGGACCUCAACCGGGUAAAGAAAAAAGAGUACGUAGAGCUAAAAGAUGCAGCAGGGAGGCCAGAUGAGGAAGUAGCGGAGGAAGCGUGGCGCAACCACAAACGCCGCAACAACUCCAUCAUUGUUGACAUCUUCCAUGGGCUCUUCAAGUCGACACUGGUGUGCCCCGAAUGUGGCAAGGUUUCUGUGACCUUUGACCCCUUCUGCUACCUCAGUGCCCCCCUGCCAGUCAGUAAGGACCGGGUGAUGGAGGUUUUCUUUGUAUCCAUGGACCCCUGCAAGAAACCCGAACAGCACAGACUGAUUGUCCCAAAGGCUGGGAAAGUGCUAGACCUCUGCCGGACCCUAUCCAAACAUACGGGGGUGCCUGCUGAGCGGAUGAUGGUGGCUGAUGUGUUCAGUCACCGCUUCUACAAGAUCUACCAGAUGGAAGAAUCCCUCAGCUGCAUCCUGGACAGGGAUGACAUCUUCAUUUACGAGGUGUCUGUCUCCACGCUGGAGGACCCUGCCACAGCAGAUGCUGUGGUGCUUCCCGUAUACCUUCGGGAGCGCACCCAGGGCCGCGACUACAGCGACACCUACUACGGGGUGGUGCUCUUUGGUCACCCGCUCCUGGUAUCUGUGCCACGGGACCAGCUCUCCUGGGACGCCCUCUACCAGCUCCUGCUGCAUCGGCUCUCCCGCUAUGUGACACAACCUGAUUCCGAGGAAGAGGAUGACCAGAGCGAGGAGGAGGAGGAGGAGGUGGAGGAGGAGGACCUCUACAAUAAGAGGCCCAAUGGGUUGAGUGAAGGGGAGGAAGAGGAAGAGACGGCAGCUGAAGGCUCCACGAGCCAAGAGCCCAGCUCGGAGACAGAGGAAAACCCAUCGGAUGCUUCUGCGGGGGAGGAAGGGGCUGGUGCAGAAGGGAGGCACAGCCCCAACUCAGCUCCCCACCAGCCACCCCAGUCCUCCCGGACACCCUCUUCUAGCCCCAGCCCUCCGACCGCCAACCAAGCCAAACGCAAAUGCUGCCUGCCCCAGAAGCGCCGGAAACUGCUCUUCAGCCUCCAGCCCGUCAAUUCAAAUGGUACCAGCGAUCGGAUGGCUGGCCAAGACGAGAGCAGCACUGUUUCCUUCAACUCCCAACCGUACGUAGCUAUGGACUGGGACUCUGAAAUGAAGAAACGUUACUACAACGAGGCAGAGGCUGAGGGCUACAUCAAACACGACUGCAUGGGCUACACGCUGAAGAAGAACCCUGUGAGACUGCAGGAGUGCAUCGAACUGUUCACCACUAUGGAGACGCUGGAGGAGGAGAAUCCCUGGUACUGCCCCACGUGUAAAAAGCACCAGCUGGCCACCAAGAAGCUGGACUUGUGGUCGCUACCAGAGAUCCUGAUAAUCCACCUCAAGCGCUUUUCCUAUACCAAAUUCUCCCGAGAGAAACUUGACACCCUUGUGGAGUUCCCCAUCCAGGACCUCGAUUUCUCUGACUUUAUCAUCAAGCCACAGAAAGACACUGACCCCACGCUGUACAAAUAUGACCUCAUCGCUGUGUCAAACCACUACGGGGGCCUUCGAGAUGGGCACUACACUACGUUUGCCCGGAACAAAGACACAGGGACAUGGUUUUACUUUGAUGACAGCAGCGUCUCUGCAGUUUCAAAGGCCCAGAUUGAGUCCAAAGCUGCCUACGUCCUGUUCUAUCAGCGCCAGGACAAAAUCCGCCACCCUGCUCCCCUUGCUGCUGCUGCUGCUGCAUCCACGAGCACUGCCAGUUCUGGAGAGCAAGAGGACUAUGGGGCCUGCUGCGGACCCCACCCCAGAGAGCAAUCCAGUCGGGACUUUAUGGAUGUGGACUGACCUUAACCCCCCCACCCUCCCUUCUCCACUUGCGGCAGGAGAGGGGGGGAUGAGUGCCAUGCAUCUUCCUUCUUCAGACUGAAGCUAGCAACCUGGAUUUUCUCCGAAGGCAGCAGCUCUUUACUCAGGCCUUGGAAUGGGGGGGGGGUAGGGCAGGGACGUAGAUGUAGAUGUGUUUCCCUGUGUCCUACAGUGCAGGACCCUCUGCUUUGCACAUAGGUCCCUCCCAUGCACACACCCUGAAGGGGAAUGCGUGGUUCCCAGCCCAUUUACAGGGCCAGUCUCUUGCACCAGCAUUUUGAUUAGAUGCAAAGGGGAGGGGGGAGUUUUUCUCAGGGCCAGACCUUCUGCAUGGGAGGGGAAGAGCUGAGUGCAUCAUUCCUGUGAACCCUGGCCGGUGCUGCCCACCUCUUCCAUGGCACUAGAUACCCCCCAGCCGCGCACUCUCUGUAGCAUCAGGAUGACUUGCCCUUGUUCUGCUGCUCUUGGUUUUGGGGCCCUUGCCUCUAGACAGCCAUACCUGGCUCCUGUGCUUGGGGAAGACUGCAAAAGUAUUCAGACUCCUCUGUGGUUCUGUAGCCAGCCACCCAGCUAUUGGUCACUGGCUGGGGCUGGAUAAAUGACCCCUUGACUUCUCUCUGCCCUGCUAACCUCCCAAGUGCCUCCUUCUAUUCCCCCCCCCCAACUAGAGCAAUAAUUCCAACUAUCACCACCAUCUUCAUCUCUCACAGCCAAGAGCCCCCUUGAUCCUGCACAUACAUGCAUUUCACGGACCUCCUGCUCCAACAGCGUAAUGAGCAAAGCUCCUUCUAGCUACGGCUGUCAAGCCACUGGGUUGAAACAUGCUGCUUCCAAGUCAAGCAUCAAAGCCUGUUGCGGGAGAACUGUUUGGCCUGUGGUGACUUACAGCUACCCCUUUGACGGAGCAGGAGAGGAACUUCACCGCCAUCUGCCAUUCCUAGCACUGAUGGCUUCCCCUUCCUUAGCUGCCCCAAUACCCGAGGGUGGGGUAUUACAGGCCUACCCUUGCCGCACAGAGGUACUUGGGAGUUUUUUAUCCCUUUGCCAAGUGUCUCUGCUGCCAUCGUUGCUGCUUCUUCCAGGCUCAGGGAUUGCGCUGGUUUGUAAAUAGGUUUCUGAGUGCAAUUGGGGGGGAGCAACCCACAGAGGCAACGUUGGCCUACAGAAGCACAUAGCGUAUUUUCUUAAGGAGUUUGGGAAGAAGAUUCCUUCACUUGACUCUUGGGGCUUUUUUUCUUUUAAAGAUUUUUUUUUUUUUUUUUUUUGCAGAAGAAAAUAUUUUUGGCAUGUGGUGAAACUUGUACAUAAAGUAACUUCUUUUAAA